UCUCUCGAGCGUUGAAAGCAGAGAAGGAAGGGAGAAGAGGGCGAGCCAGCGAGCUAGGGAAGUAGAGAAGAGAGGAGCCAUGGCGACGCCGUUGAGGGGUCUAUUAGGUGCUAAGGUUCCGCCGAACUCGAAGACGUUGGAAGAAGCGAGGAGCAGGACUUUCGACUUCUUCAAGAAGGCGUGCCGCUCACUUCCCACCGUGAUGAACAUCUAUUACCUCGACGACAUCGCUACGAUCUCUCAGCUUCGAUCGACCAUCUCCGCCGAGAUCCGCAAGAACGCCGACGUCACCAACCCUAAGGUGAUUGACAUGCUUCUAUUUAAAGCAAUGGAGGAGCUGACAAAUGUUGUUGAUCAUGCUAAGCAGCGACACCACAUAAUUGGCCAGUAUGUUGUAGGCCGUGAAGGCCUUGUCAAGGAUUCGGGCACAAAAGAUGAAGGAGCUUCUGAUUUCUUGAAGCGUUUCUAUGAAACCAACUAUUUCUAAUUGAAUCUCAGAUCAAAUAAGUGAAGUAUCUUUGCACUCCUCACAGUUUCAAACAUUGGGAAAUAAUUACAACUCUUUAGCUGAGAUAGAAUGUAUUCUUUUAUGUAACAAUUUGAGCAAAUCUUCCUUCCAUGUUUUGUUAAAUCUGAAAGUAUUUGUUGAUAAAAUUUCAACUCUAGCUGGGACUGUUUGCUGUGCUGAAACUGAGCAAAUUGGCCCUGAAAUGUAAUGAGGCAUUUCGUCAAAUACAUGAAGUGUGUGAGGCUGUAAGCCAGUGCAUCCC